AUCUGACAAAUGUAUGUAUCUUGGCACAUCCAUUUGUAACCUCGAGCAGGACGGGUGUGUGUCGCUCGUCGUCCGUGUCUAAACAGCAUAAAUUUAGUGUAAAUUACACUGUAAUUUAGCGUACCGAGUAAUAUACUGUUAGUUUUGUGGUACGCCAACCGCUUGCCUUCGCUGUGGGCAACGACGGAGCAAAAGGUAUUAAGGGCAGCAAAAGUCAGAAACGUAAUCGUUAUUUAGUCCACCGUGGAAGAACGCGCAGCGGAGGCAGCAAAUUGAGUGUCGAAGAAUUUCUGUCACGCAGUGCAAAGAAAACUUGCAAACAAAGUGAAAAAGAUCUGUGUGCGGGAUAAAAGCUAUGCUGCGUGUUUUGCGGGUAUGUGGUGUCGUUUGGUUGCAUUCGAGUGAAUGAUUUAUGUUCCCGUGCAGUGUAAAGCCGACGUGUAUGUCAUUGGAUAGGUCUCUCGAAUCUUGCAAAUCGGCACUACGCACGGCCAGGUCGCAAGGUGUGUAUCAUUGUGUGUGCGUGUCCAGGUGGCUAGUGAAAUUCAACUUUUCUCCAAUUCGGUUGGAGCGUAAAGUGUGCAAAAGUAUCAAAUGCAAAGCAAAGUAAUAAAUGUAAAGUUUAGAAAAUAUGCUGUACCGUGAAAAGUUGUGUGUAUGAAUGUAUGUGAGCGCACUACUACCACGACGGCGACGAGGAAGCGAAAGUGUGUGUCGCGUGUGUUGUACGUAGCAGCGAAUGUGUGCGUUUGUGGUAUGUUUGUACGAGUGUAUUGAAUGAAGAAAGAAAAAGCAAAGAAAUAACGAGUGGAAAGAAAUGAUGUCAAAACCGGAGCCCAAUUGUUGAGGCUUUCGCUGAAAGGUUGAUUUUUCCAUCCAUACGGAAGUGUUGCGAGCGCGAUACCGGAAGUGAACGGUUCAGGUGGUCGUGAAUUCGGGAGCAUUUGCACCAGCUGCAAAGGUCCAUCCUCCGCGACAUAAAUCCACCACCAAAGAAGCUACCCCUGGUCGUCGUUAUUCAUCGAACCCUGUGUGCAGUGUGUUCGAUUUCGUUUCGGGAGAGGUUACUUGGAUUACUCAUCUGUGAAUCGGUGUGGUUCUGUUUUUUUUUCUAUGCGUAAAAGCAGCCUGUGUGUGGGGUUCGUCGUUGUGCGAUUUCGUCAUCGGUUCGAUACGUGCGAGGUUGCUGACAUACCCCGCGGUGGGUAAUACACGCCCUCCCACUCGCGCCUUGUGGUUUUUUGUGUUCUGUGCGUGUACCGAGUCGGUAUCCUGGUCACGGCACCGACCGUAUUGCAACCUGUUCUCAGAUCAUCAUCCCACCCGCACCCGAAUGCAUCGUGGGUGAGAGCAUAAGUUGCAAAGGAAAAAUUUGUCCCCACACCCCCAUUUUCGCCGCUCACACCUUCGUUCGUCUCAUCAAUGCACGACGAAGAAGCGUUUGGUGAUGCAUUUUACAUCGCUCGCAACGCACUGGUGAACUUUUACUGUAUGUGAGAGAAAGAGACGACCAACGAGCAAAAGAGAGAGAGCGAGAGAGAGAGGAAAAAACGCGUGAAAAACGCCAGCAGUUAAACAUGGAAAACCAACAACAGCCACCAUCAACACGGUCCGCGUACGACAUGGAAACCCAGGAAUCCAGAUUUGCCAAACAGAGAUCAUCAGUCAGAUGGCUGCUCUCGAAAGCGUACAACAAUCGUGUGCCAGAAAUUCUGAAGGAUCCGUUCUACCGCGACCACGAAGGUCAGGAUCAUCUGAAGCCGCAGAUCGUGGUCGGGCUGGGCAAUGCGUCGAUAUACUGUCAGGUGCUGAGCAAUAUCUACUCGGAUCCGAACUAUCAGAGCCUGAAUCAUUGGUCGAUUCUGCAAACACUGUCCCGGAAAGGUGUCCCACUGAACGAGUCGUCCGACCAGCCACUCACCGAGACGGUACUCAUACAGACGAAUCCUCUUAGAAUUAAUGCACAUAUGACUGUGAUAGAAGCGCUGAUGGUGUUAUACGCUAAAGAGGUGGCUUCCAGUGGAAGAAUUUCCAGUGCUUUAGAGAGAAUUUCUGGCCGUAGUGUAGCGCCAACGGUUCAGCAUCAUGAAGCUGCCUUACUGAAUUGGAUUUCGCACGUCUGCGGUGCGCUGAAGAAGCGCAUUGACUACGAAAUGACGUCUAACGGAGGCAGUGGAACUGUGGACGAAUACGGUCAACGGCAUCAAAGCCCGGACGUUCCACCUGUGCGAGACUUUCGUGAACUGUGCGACGGUGUUUGCCUGGCUUAUCUAAUCUCGUAUUACUGUCCCAAACUAGUUCCUUGGCAUAGCGUUAAAUUCAACCACGUACCAACUAUUGAGGUAAGUGAUUCUAUUCACAAUAUUCUGAUAGUUAGUAACUUUUCCGAGCGAAGUUUGCCAUACACCGUGUUUCACAUGUCUCCAGAAGACAUAACCUAUAUGCGAGGAUCAAUGAAACAGAAUCUGGUAGUGCUGUUGGCGGACUUGUUCAACCUUUUCGAAAUCCAUCCGGCCAAAUGUGUCUGCUAUCCGGGCAUGGAGCAGCAGUCGCCAGACGCAACUGGAGCCGGUGCAACUAACGAGCAUGGCAUUGCUCAUCGGCGCGGCUUCGCGAAUCAACCGACGAUCGCGGCCAUUCCCGAUUUGCGUCCCGGGCUCGACUCGCCACCGAGCAGCAGUGGCGGCAGCGGUACCAGCAGUGCUGGCGGUGGCAGCGGUGGCAUCGGUGGUAUUGGCUGCAGCAGUACCAGCGGCAAUGGUGCCAUUAAUCGGCCCCCGUUUCAAGUCAAUCGGUCACCAUCGGCCAGCACCCUCAGGAAACAUAUUUCAAGUCGGGAAAUUCCAGAACAGCACCAACCACAUCAGUUGUACCAGCAACAACAAUCACAGUACCAGCAGGCGGAUCCCGACGAAGGAUUUGUCGUACACCGAAGUAAAGGAGUGCCAACAUUAUCCUCAAUGCAGGAACCACUGGUACCGGCCAGAAUUAGACAAGCCAAGGAAAAGACAAACAAUGACUCGAAAGCAGAGGAACGAGGUGAUAGCAUCCCGGCAGGGCGGCCGAGCAAUUGGGAAGAAUCGCGCAAAACCAGUUUCUCAGGACGACGCUCACGACGCAAUUCAUUCAGCGAUGAUUCUCAGCUGACGAUUGAAAACUUUGGAGGUUCACAGGAUCAGCUAAACACCGUCGGGCGCUUCGAGCGAGAGCGCAAAAUCUCCAACACCAGCCUGACGUCUAUAGAACCGGUCGUACCGGCACGAUCUUCGUUGGCGGAUGCCCGUGGCUCGAUACAGUUUGGGUACGAUACGGACUCGGGUAACGAGAAACAGGACCGUGACACCGAAAAGUUGCCCGGAAGUAGCAGUGGCACUUUGCGGCGCCACAACAGUACCACGUUACAUUCCAACAGCAGCCCAAUGAGCCAUUCCGGCGAUGGUAGCAACACCGGACGAGCGGGAAGUAGUUCCGUCGAACGCGACAUUGUCGAUGGAGAUGGUACGCCAGCAGUGGCGGUCGCUGUAACUGCACCGGAGGUUGAGCUAACACCACGGCGGAAGACAUCCUUUGCUACUCUGCCAAAUACAACUACCUGGCAACAGCAAGCCAUAAGCGUACAGAAGAUGGAUGAUGUCGACGAUUCGCAACCACUGGAAGAUGCAACGAAAAUCUCGACCAUCAAGCUGAAGCUGGAAGAGAAGCGUCGGCUGAUCGAGCAGGAAAAGCGUCGCAUCGAAACUGCCUGGACAAAGCAGCUACAAACGGUUGGCAAACAGGCUUUUUUACAAGCAAUUAGCAAGAGCAAAAGUGGCAGCAAUGUUGCCGGCGAGCCGGAAUCCACCUCGAAAGAAUCGAACGACGGGGCUACGGUAGUAGACGAAGAGAUUAUAGUAGAAAAAGCGGAACGACCAUGUUCCCUCAAGGAUUUGGAUGACCACAGCAAGUAUGAGCAGAAGUGGAAUGCACAAAUAAUCGAACCGAAGAAGACUCCCGAUCUGGAGAACAUGGACCUGGAACAGUAUCAACAAAGCAUUUCGAAAAUGAACUCCAACUUGCACGAUAUUCAGGCGGACAUACAGCGUCUCACCCAGCAGCAGAAUCAAAUCCAAGCCCAAACCCUGCAGGCACAGCAGCUACUGCAUGCGCAGCAGAUAGCGAAUCUGCUCAAUCAGCAGUAUGGAUCACAGCAAAGCAUCCCAGCCAACACGUAUCGUCCGAUGAAUACUCAAAUGUUCGGCUCUAGUCCUCAUCUGCCCCAGCAGCAGUCAUCGCCGAUCAAUUACGGGAUGCGUCCACCGAGCCGUGAUCCGUACCUUGCGCAGCACCAGCAGCAGCAACAUACGAUGCAAUACAUUAACGAACAGGGUCAGUACGUUCAGCAGCAGGUGAACUAUGGUCACCACCCGAACAACAACAGCCAUCUAGUGUACAGUCGCGAACAAAGCCAAACGCAGCUUAUUAGUGAACAUAACGGUGGAAAUCAAUACCGAACAAUGAGCAAGGAUAGCCACCAAUACUCCUCGAACCCGUACUUGAACAUGGAUCACCAUCAACAGCAGCAGCAGCAGCAACAACAACAACAGCAACAGUUCUAUCAUCAAGACUCAAACCACUAUCGGGAUCCUUACCAGCAACUUCCACCGGAGAUGAAAGACCCGCAACCACAGCAACAGCACGGUGGGCAAUUUUUCCUGCACGAAAACAACUCUACUCCUCCACAGCCGACACAGCGCCGUACGUGGGCACAAUCAGCUGCUGCCGCCGGUGUACCUCUGGGUGGAUCGCCGAUCAUAUCUGGACGUAACGAUAACACUAACAACAGUAUGGUUGAUGUGAACGCCUGGAACCAUGGCCCAAAAACGAACACUAUGGCUGGGUACAAUAAAUCCCCAGCGCCGAGUAGCGGGUUCUCGCUUCAUCACAACGGUGGCGACGGUGAUAGUGGCUACGGUGGUGGAAGCGGUCGUGUUGGAAGCGGCGGCAGUGGCGGUAGUCAACAGUCAUUCCAAAAUCUGUUUGAGGUGCAUCAUCCACACCACAAUCUUGGCGGUGCCGGUCAAACAGCGGCCAGCCCGCAACACAGUAAGGUGCGCAAUCAAAUCUCACAGAUGAUGAUCAGCAAUGGCAACAGUCCAUCGGCAGGAGGAAGCCCAAUGAUGGGCGGCGGCGGGGACUAUCGUGACAAUCGCAGUAUGCCUCUGUCACCGCCGAUCGAUGAUAUGGCACCACAAAGCAUUUCCUUCAUUGGCGAUGAGGACACGGGUGACAUUGAGAUCAACACUUCGAAGAGCGGUGGACGUAAUGAUAGUUUUGGCUUGCGGCAACAGCAACAGCAACAGCUGGACGCACUGUACGGUAGUAGCAAAGGACCUGCCGGAAUGCGUAACAGUCCCGGUGGAAAUGUACAGGAUCUGGAUAAGCAUUUGAGCAAGCUGAACAUAACAAGCGGUAACCGUACUUACAGAAUACCGUCGCCAACGCGGCCAAGUCUCAAUUCGAACAGUUUCCAUGACCCACAAGAAGAUGUGAACGAGAAAGGAUUCUACAUCUCAUUUGACAACGAACAACCGAAACGGCCAAAGCCACCGUUACGAACAAAGCGUUCACCAAAGAAGGACAAAUCUCUUGCCAGCGAUUCCAACGAGGGUGAAAAACGUCGAGACAGUAUGAUCGAAAAGACUUCGUCACGAGUAGAAACCAAUGCCAACAACUUUGGAACGUACAGUGUAAAGACGGCGAGCAGCUUCUCAAGCAGUUUCAACGAGGAACACAACGCGUCACAUGCGCGGAAGAGCAUCAUCGCCGACAACAGUGGCGUGUCACCGUUCGAGCCAGUGAUGCACAAGGUGAAUGUCGGUGGCAUUGCGGCUGCACCACAGUCCCCGAUGAUGAUGAUGCACCAGCAGCAGAUGAACCUGGACCAUGUUGGCGAUCGACGGUACGCGAUGGAGGACCAUUCGAUAAGUGGUAACGGCCACUAUAGCAGUCACAACAACAGCAGCGAUGGAUAUGGUAGCGAGACGGAACGAAAAGCGAAGAUCGUCAUUGAUGUAUCGAACGACCAGACUUCCGUUGAUGAGAUGGAGCGGAAAAAGGAAAAAAUUAUGCUGCUCUCGCUACAACGGAGACAACAGGCUGAAGAAGCGAAAGCACGCAAAGAAAUCGAAGCGAUGCAACGUCGCGAGAAGGAGCGUGAAAAGGAGGAGGAACGGGCCCGCAAAAAAGAGGAACAGUUCGCCCGCCGUCAGGCAAUCCUUGAAGCACACAAACUCAAGAAAGCCAUCGAAGAAGCGGAGAGAGAAGGAAAGACAAUCGAUCGCGAGCUGCAACUGAAGCAUCAGAUGUAUCAGCAGCAGCUCCAUCAAACGGCACACUCGACCACUCCGAUACCAGCAGCCAAAUUGCGCACGCAAAAGUUGACCCGUCCCCGACCGAAAACGAUUCACGUCGAGUCCGGCUCGGUUGAUCUGAGUGAAGCGUCCAGUUUGAGCAGUCGGGGCAAGAAGGGUUCCAACUCGAAUUUGACCGGUCUCGGUAUGCAUAGUGCGUCGAACACGAUACGUCGAGAUUACUACCGGGGAUCACAGGAUUCACUAGCAAUCAGAGAAUCACCGGACGAGUAUCCCAGCAGUAGUUCAACACCGAUCGGACGCCGUGGAUCUUACAAAACAGGAAGAGAACCAGCAACGAUCGAACGGGGCCGCACACUGUCCCGUAUCUCGCUAGCGAAAGGUGCCAAUUUCCGGGGACGUAAAUCAAACUCCCUAAUGAAUCUAUGCGACUCCGACUCUGGAUUGGGCCGGGCGACACCACCGAGGCGAGCACCGUCACCGGGUAUGGGACCGUCGAGUCGCCAUCUGCCUUCGCCGUCCGGUCCGGGCUCGCUACCACCCGGGUUGAUUACGAAGCGCCGUGGCUUUGACGAUGGUUCCAGCGACAUUUCGUCCAACGCGAGCUCCAUGAUGGAUUACAACGGACCGCGAUUGUACAAGCAACCGGCUACGAAAUCCAACCGUGGCAUCAUACUGAAUGCCGUCGAGUACUGUGUCUUCCCGGGUGCGGUGAACCGCGACGCAAAGCAAAAGGUGCUGGAAAAGAUUGCCCGCUCGGAAGCGAAGCACUUCCUGGUGCUGUUCCGCGAUGCCGGCUGCCAGUUCCGCGCUCUGUACGGCUACUGGCCGGAGAACGAGCAGAUUAUCAAGCUGUACGGUACGGGCCCGAGCCAGGUCGAUGAUGUGAUGUUCGACAAGUUCUUCAAAUACAACUCGGGCGGUAAAUGUUUCACCCAAGUGCACACCAAACACCUCACCGUAACGAUCGACGCGUUCACGAUACACAACUCGCUGUGGCAGGGCAAGAAGGCAAACCUACCGAGCAAAAAGGAUAUGGCACUGGUGAUUUGAGGCCCGCGCAAUGUCCGCAGUCCUCUGCCUCCGCAGUCACCUCUCUCUUCCACUUCUACCAGUAUCACGCGUCAUCCCACCUUCCUUCGGACAGUGGCAUCAUCUGCCAAACAGUCAUAGUAUUCGUUCUUCUAUUCUUCACACAACAAACCUGCCAAGAGAAAUUGACCUCAAGUGGGCGAUGGUGGUCAAAGAUUUAACAGCGGUUUAACAACGGUUACUCUUCGGGAUGAUGGUGUGGGAUAUAUUGCACAUGGCUAUACAAUUGUAUACUGUUUAUUUUCUUAUUGUUUCAAUGUAUAUUUGGAACGUUUUGUUCCCUUCUUCUGUUGGUAGGGACGUAGUAUUUGUUUGCUUAUUAUAUCUUUUUUUCUUAAAUAUAUAUUUUUUCAUAACGUCCAAUUCGUUAACACAAUCCUUCACUAUCGUUUCACCAAUUGUUCGCUAACCAUUUGAAGAGGAUCAUGAAAAGACAACCAAUCCCGGAGAAUGGGCAACUACGUAGAAGAUGGGAAAUGCUAAGUCAUCCCUAGUUAGGAUAGCCUAGUAAGAUUGAUACAUAUACUCCUGUUGCGUAACGGUUCUUUCUCUGUUUUGGACUCGAUAAAAGGAAUUUCUUUUUCUGAAUCUUUUUUGGGAGAAAAAAAACAAAUCAACUUCACACGGUGGUCGAGUUUGUUCUAGCAUACGACAUACGUUUGUGUUUUUGCGUAACGACAUUCCUCGAACUAAUAUUUAUCUCCUCCGUUGCCCGGCUAAAACAGUCCGUUUUGGGUAUAGUCGACACAAUAAUAACCCCUUUUCGCUUUCGGGAUUGCUGUGUCUGUUGUUUCUGUUUCUGUAAGUUAUAAGUUAAUAGCAAACCAUUAAGAUUAAAUCAAACUGAUAGCGUUAUGACAAGCAGCGUAAGCAUAAAAGAAUAAAAGCCGUGCAAAUACCACAAUGACGACACGCAAAACAAAAAAAAACAGCGAUAGGAACCGUUAGAACGAACUCUAGAACAUGUGAAUGCGCAUUAAUCUGCUAUAAAUUAUUAAUACACGCAACCAUUACCGUUAACACAGUGCGCUCGGAGAUAUUAGUAACGAGAGACGAAGUAAUAACAAAGGUUAUACAUUAAAGACUAAUUAUAUUAUACAGCUAAUUAUUACUCGUUAAUCUUUUUUCUAUAUAUAUUUUGUUUUUUAGUUUACUUUCAUUCUUUCUUUUCCGUUCUUUCUCUCUCUGUAAUGAUUUGCCUUGAAUGCGCAAAACAAGUCGUACAUCGUUAGUCUGGUGGUAACACAAUCUGUUAGGGGUUAUGCUUACACAUGGAAGUAUAAUAUUAAUGGUAAAGAAUAUAAUUAUUAUUAUCACUCCCGCGACGACAUUUGUUGCUCCGACCAUCCUUUCCAAAAGAAUCGACCUAAUACUACUACCCGUAUGUAACAUGUUAUGUUAUAACUAUUAUUUGUGUAUAAAAAUUGGCUUAUAAUUAAUAUUUUUUUUGGGGCCGCACGUGGGUCACCAUUUCGAGGCCAAGCUUACAAUUGUGUGGCAGAAAUGGGAAGGAUACAUCGAGCGUACGGCAAAAGAAAUUAACAAAUGAAUCAUCCGAUCAAAGAUGAAUGUCUGUGAGAGUGAGUCGUAGCAGCGCGCUAAUCCGUCAUUUUUUUAUAAUACUUAAGUUAAAUCAAAGAACAAAUAUAAUCGUUUUUAUUAAUA